CCCCCGCCAGACCGCGAGCCCGCGCCACCCACCCUCCGCAUUCAUGCUGGACUCCCGGGCCGAGCCCGCCUUCUCCUCUCCUGGGGCCCCUGGUUCAGAGGCGGGAGAGGCGGGAGGACUUGGCUCGUCCUCUCCGAAAGAAAUGGGACUAAAGCCCUCUGAUGGGCCUUGGGACGGGACUCGAGGGGGCUUGGAAGGAAUUGCUUAAGGGAUUUGGGGGUCAAGGGUUGUUGCCCCGGGAGGAGCAGCCGAAGAAGCCGUCUGCCGCUGGGGCUCGGCGUCUGGAGAAGGGCCGGGGCGUAUCUUGGCUCGAGCGAGACUGAUGAUAAGCCCUCCUCGCCAAAGUGUUUGCCUGGCCCAAUGGAAAGCUCCAGGCAGGGAACGGGCAACAUGUUUUAGAGAAAGCAACUAGUGAGAUGAAUACUGCUGAGGACUGGGGCCUCAUCUUGGAUAUUUGUGAUAAGGUGGGCCAAUCUCGCACUGGACCUAAAGACUGUCUUCGUUCUAUUAUGAGAAGAGUGAACCAUAAAGACCCCCAUGUUGCUAUGCAAGCUUUAACUCUUCUAGGAGCAUGUGUAUCAAACUGUGGCAAAAUUUUUCACUUAGAAGUAUGUUCAAGAGAUUUUGCUAGUGAAGUAAGCAACGUAUUAAAUAAGGGUCAUCCUAAAGUAUGUGAAAAGUUAAAGGCUCUUAUGGUUGAAUGGACGGAUGAAUUUAAGAAUGAUCCACAGCUUAGUCUGAUCUCAGCGAUGAUUAAGAACCUUAAGGAACAAGGUGUUACAUUCCCAGCCAUUGGCUCUCAGGCUGCAGAACAAGCGAAAGCAAGCCCAGCUCUGGUAGCCAAAGACCCUGGCACUGUGGCUAACAAAAAGGAAGAGGAAGAUUUAGCGAAAGCUAUUGAGUUGUCUCUCAAGGAGCAAAGACAACAGUCAACUGCCCUGUCCACUUUAUAUCCAAGCACGUCUAAUCUCUUAACUAACCACCAACAUGAAGGUAGAAAAGUUCGUGCUAUAUAUGACUUUGAAGCUGCUGAGGAUAAUGAACUGACUUUUAAAGCUGGAGAAGUUAUUACAGUUCUUGAUGACAGUGAUCCCAACUGGUGGAAAGGUGAAACCCAUCAAGGAAUAGGGCUUUUUCCUUCUAAUUUUGUGACUGCAGAUCUCACUGCUGAACCAGAAAUGAUUAAAACAGAGAAGAAGACAGUACAGUUCAGUGAUGAUGUUCAGAUAGAGACAAUAGAGCCAGAACCAGAACCAGCCUUUAUUGAUGAGGAUAAAAUGGACCAGUUGUUACAGAUGUUGCAAAGUACAGAUCCCAGUGAUAAUCAGCCAGACUUGCCAGAGCUACUUCAUCUCGAAGCGAUGUGUCACCAGAUGGGACCUCUCAUUGAUGAAAAGCUGGAAGAUAUUGAUAGAAAACAUUCAGAACUCUCAGAACUAAAUGUGAAGGUGAUGGAAGCUCUUUCACUGUAUACGAAGUUAAUGAAUGAAGAUCCAAUGUAUUCUAUGUAUGCAAAAUUACAGAAUCAGCAGUAUUAUAUGCAGUCAUCUGGUGUUUCUGGUUCCCAGGUAUAUGCAGGACCUGCUCAAAGUGGUACCUACCUGGUUACAGGGAAUGCACAGAUGAGCCAUCUCCAGAGCUACAGUCUGCCCCCAGAGCAGCUUUCUUCCAUCAGCCAAGGAGCAGUUCCACCCUCUGCAAACUCUGCUCUUCCUAGUCAGCAGACCCAGGCUUCUUACCCAAAUGCAAUGGUUAGUUCUGUUCAAGGAAACUCGUAUCCCAGUCAGGCUUCAAUAUAUAGUCCUGCUGCUGCUGCUGCCGCUGCCGCUGCCGUACCUGUACCUGUACCUAUACCUGCUGCUGUAUCUGUACCUGCUGAUGUCACCAUAUACCAGAACGCAGGACCUAAUAUGUCCCAGGUGCCAAACUAUACUUUAACAUCAUCAACCCUGCCUCAAGCAGGAGGCAGCCAACAACCACCUCAGCCACAGCAAGCAUAUUCUCAGAAGGCUCUCCUAUAGGACUUGAUGUUCCUCUGGGUGGCAUGUUUCUGCUGAAUGCCAUUGACAAUGUUAGGAGAUUCGUUAACAUCCUAAGAUUUGUUUUUCCUCAGCUUAUAGGAAUCUGUCUUGGUCAACAAGUUCAAAUACUCAAGAGGGUAGAACUAUCUUCAAUUUGCACUGACUUUUUAGAGGUCUACCCCUACCCCAGAAGAAUGAAACUACUUACAACAUUAUUUCCUUUCAUAAUAUGAAGAAUUGUUACAAGAUUAUUGUCUUGUAAAAUUACCUGGUCUGCAACACUCAAAAGUUCAAAAACUGCUAUGGCAAAUGUUAUGUACAUAUAUUGACAUGUAACUUCAUCAGUGACCAUUUCAAUUACAAUGGUGAUCAUGUGAAUAUAUUUAACACUGUGCUAAAUUAAUUUACAUUGCUGUUUUAUUUUAAUCAUGAACAACUACCAUGUUUGCUAAUGUUUUGUGUAAAUUUAAGAUAAGUACACUAUCUUUUUAAGCUGCAAGAGAACCAAGUUGUAGCACAUUGACCUGAAGGCAUUGUCUUGUUGUAGUGUCACAUGAACUCGAACCUUUCUUUUACUAAUUGUGAGCAAAGCCUAUGUAUGUUAUGUCUUUCUGUAGCUUUUGCCCACUACUGGCUGUCAUCACACCAGCUUACAGUAGCCACAUUUUUGGUGCAGUUAGAGGAGAAUAAUGUUCCCUUUAGACUUUUGUAUUUUGGCAUGAUGUUCCAGGUAUUGUGGACCAUGAGACAAAAAUUAGUCUUUAUAUCUUAUUUUUAAAGAAGCAAUGUUGAUUUACUUUUCCCUAGUUGAAUGUGGUGAUUAGGUUUAAAGCUGUAUACUGUGUUUAUUGGUAGCAGUGACACCAAAGAUAGAGGCGAUGCCUAGAAAGUUUUCAAUUGGAAACAAAAAUGAACUAACACUACAUUUUCAGAGUCUCUUGUAAUUUUUAAGAUAUAAACAAAAUUUGAUUCACUUGUCUUACCCAACUAGUUUUUAAAAUGUCUUUGACACAUUGUAUCUUUUAAUUCUCAUUAAAAUUGCUAUAAGUAGGUGUUUCAAAGUAAUUUAUAUUCCUCAUUUUGUUGAAUAGUUUACAUAUUUAUUGUUAAGUUUCAAACUGGAGUUUUUAAGUUUUUCCUCUCUGUCUCAUUUGUAGUUCUAUUGGAAUUAUUUUUGCUUCUUAUUCAGGAGUAAUUUUAAUGAAUCAUUUUAGUCCAUACAAAAAGGUAUUCCACUGACAUUUUAGUUAUAAAUAUUUAUAAUUUCCCUGGUUGUACUAUGCCAGUAUUUAAAUAACCUAAAAUUUGAGUACCAUAUUUAACUAUAGAUCUAAAUUUUCCUCCUGUGAAUGCAAAUUAGAUCUGCAUUUCCAAGACUUGUCUGUUUCCUUUUCAACAAAUGACUUCAGCUUUGGCAGAUAAUUUUAAGGGUGAUUAAUUCACGGGGACAUAUUUAAAGCUUUUUUCACUUGAGUUUAAAGUAUGUCACCAUCAAAUAGUAAAGUUAAAAUUUUAAUUCAUGUGUCACAUUUUAAAUAUUUUUUUAAUAAAACCUUGUUAGCAGUUAGAUUAUAAUCUUUUGUUCCAAUUUAAAUAUUAUGGUUUAAAUGAUACACUUUCCUCUGAGUCAUAUUGUAUUUUCUUUUCAUUUUAAUAAGUUCUUGUUUACAACUUUAUUCCCAUUUUAAUUUUUGAUAUCUUCAUAUUAAAAUAUCAACAAAAUAUUUUUUAGUAUUCUUCUUACCCUUUAAGCCUAUCAGUGGUGAAAUUAAAAAAAAGUUACCAAUUUUA